UUGUCUCGUUCAUUCGUUUCGUCAAAAUUGACGUUUUUAAUGUCAAUUCUGUGCCAAAGAAAAAGAGCAGUUUUUUGUGAUCAGAUUGAAGAAAUUUAUUGCAAGUUUUAUUUUUGUGUGAAUAGUGCUGACUCAACGAAAGGAAAAUAAUAAAAAAACUGAAAAAGGUAGUUGCUGUUCUUUAUCUUUGCACAAUGGAUUUUGGUGAUGAUUUUGCCCCUAAAGAGGAGGUUGAUCCCGCAGCUGAGUUUUUGGCACGUGAACAAUCAGUACUAGGUGAUCUCGAAUCCGAAAUAGUACCUCCUUCGGAUGCGGCGGUCAGUGCACCACCCAGCACAGAUGGUGGCAAUGGACUGCUAGGCAGUGAGGAACUUGCACCUAAUGCGGUUAGCGGUGGGCUCGGCUCAUCCACCGGUAGUUUUGAAAUGAUCGGCGGUGAAUCAAAUGAACCAGUCGGUAUUUCGGGGCCCCCACCUUCCCGAAUAGAACCGGAGAAAAUAAGAAAAUGGCGUGAAGAACAAAAACAGCGUCUCGAAGAGAAAGAUCGUGAAGAAGAACGUAAGAAGGAAGAGUUGCGCCAGCAAGCAAAACAAGAAUUGGACGAUUGGUUGCGUCAAACGGAAGAAUCUAUUGCUAAAACAAAAGCUGCGUCACGUAGCGCUGAAAAGCAGGCGGCAGCACUUGAGAAUGGUGGCCCCAUGGAGCCAGGUACUGAGUGGGAGCGUAUUUCCAAGUUAUGCGAUUUCAAUCCAAAAGUGAACAAAUCCGGCAAAGAUGUGUCACGUAUGCGGUCGAUAUACCUGCAUUUGAAACAAAAUCCAAUCCCACUGCGUAAGACAGCCUAAUCCUCAUAUAUGGAGUGAAACCUAAACUAAUACAUUCACACAUAAACGUAUGCGUAUUAAACCUAAAAUGUAUUUCGACUCUGGUUUUAUACCACAUUUGUGGUUAUUCUUUUUCGACUAUUUGUUUCUCAUUUUUGUUCCACAAACAAAUUUACUAUAUAACCUGUUAAGUAAAACUAUUUCAGAAGUAUUGAUUAAAUUAUAUUGGUUUACACAUAAACACAAAUAUGAGAAGAAAUUUCGCCAAUAUGUAAAUUAACAUAAAAUGAAUUUAUUGAAGUUAUAAGAAAUAUACAAAAACGAAAUACAGUA